AUGAACUGGUCCAAUAGCGAUUUCAAUCAUGCUCCCACCGUUGAUGGCACCCGCAGAUUGCUGGAAGCAAUAUCUCACCCUGCAGAACCUGCAGGCGUCACGGACAUGUCUGAUCGAUGGAUAUCUGCUCUGAUUGCUAUGCUAGCUCACGGAUUUCACAACGAUAACAACCACCUCAAGGACGACAAAGGCUUUCAUCCUUUAAUGAUCGAACACUACACCAGCACUAGCUUUGAUGGGUUGUCGAGUGAUGACAAACAGGGUGCCUCACGAGAGCGAAGCACACAUCUUGUCCGUCUGCGCAGACUCAUAUAUGACUUGUGUACCGUCCUCGAUCGUCUUUCUGGUGGCACAACUUUGUGUCUACAUCAUCCAGGUGCAACUGCGCCUUUGACCGACAUUCAUGCUGAAGAUCUCAGUGCAUCACUCUAUAUCAAUCCAAAGCUUCUUGCUCAGCAGACAGAAUGUCAUCAAACCAUCGCACAAAUCACCCAACUCUUCAUUGAGGGAUGCGCUCUUCCAGUCGCACAAUCUUUCCGCAAAGCUCAACUUGCACAUGGAUGGAGGCAGGAUCUUCAAAUGGUACUCAUUCCCCCUGACUUUGACAUCCUGGGGCGACCUGUUGGUUGUCUUGACCAUAUAUUUGCCACGAGAGCAACCACUGACUCCAUGGUACCGUUUUCUUCUAUCUCUGGAAGACUGUCAUCUGUUCGUUGGAUCAAUCAGCAAGUCCCUUUAUCUAGCCGCACUUCAUUGGUUGCGAGAGAUAGCACAGACAAUCUCGUUAACCAGUUAUGCACCACGUCACCAUCAGAUGCAAUUGCCUCGCUACCCGCUUUCACCCUCGAUGCUUCCACCCAAUCGUCUGCCACACCAUCUCAGGGCAUGACUAUAGCUCGAAUGCACCAAAUUCAGGCUACACCAUCUGCCAUGCCAUCUCGUGCCAAUUCUUACAGCCUGAAUGUAGCUCACACUCUAUCAAACACAUCACAUCUUUCCAUGCACGAGGUUUCCGUCACGCCGGUGUCAACACCAGCAACUAGUAGGAUCACAAAUCAGGAGCCCGGUGGCUUUUCUUCGUAUCCCUCUCCUAGAAGACCGCUUCGGUCAUUUGGACCUGUCAACUCAACUCACCCUCCAGGCACUUGGCGUGCCAAGCGUGCUGAUGAGGAUGCUGCGGUAGAUGAGGUCCUGACCUAUAUUGAUGAACAAGCUACAGAGCUAGCUCAACAGUUUGGUCGAAGUCGCCGACAUUAUCUGGAAAAAAAUUUCAUCAGCUCAGCAAUGCAAAGAAAACAGCACAAUAAGACCAGUUCCUGGUCCGUGUAUCUGCACUUUAAAGGUCGAAAUUUUAAUGCAGAUAAAGAAGUAGGACAACGAAGCAACAUUCGUGCCCUCGCUCGUGACACAGAGGAAUACCACCAGCUCACAUUGGAGCAACACUCAGAGAUGGUAGAGGAAUUCAAUAAAAUCAAGAGCUCCAGACAGAGUAAGCCGCCAAAUGUCACCACUCAUACUCGCCUUGCAGAGGUAAAUCAUAGCUUUGCUGCAAUGGUCAGUGAGGCUGAAGCACUCAAGGAGCAUUUCUUGCUGGGCUCCCAACACGAAACUGUUUUCUCUAUGACUUACACUGAUCGCAAACUCACUGCCAAGAGCUCAAUUCAAAAUGGGUUGAAUCAAAGUUUAGUUGAUGUGACUGAGGACCAGAACGCAACACUUGAAUUUGUCCGCUAUGAGCGGAUGGUCCAGGCUCAUCUUGUCAAAAUUGUUGGCUGGAUUUCGAAAGACGAAGCCAUCAAGCGCAUGGAGCGCAUUGAUGCUGGUGAAGACUUGUCACCGAACAAAGUUGACACAGAACCCUAUGAAAGUGACAACAACAACAACAGAGACAGCAACAACAAUGACGGAGACAGAGACGGAGACAACAGCAACGACAUCGACAUCGACAACAGCAACGGCAAUGACGGAGAUGGAGACAACAGCAACAGCAACAGCAACAGCAACAGCAACAACAGAGACAGAGACAACAGCAGAGACAGAGACAACAAUGGCAGUGUGGGCAAUACUUCUGCGUCUAUUCCAACUUUCAACUUGGCACCCGUGACGAAUCACAAGCGCGGCGCUCCGGAACCUUCAACUGAUGGAGCGCCGGCAAAGCGAAGGAGAAAGAUGACUGAAAAGGCCAUGUAUGCAGCAAGGAAGGCACAGAAGUGGAAUAGGAGGGGGAAAGGAGCAAAGAGUGUGGCUGUUGUGGAUUCUAGUGACUCGGAUGAGAACGAGUGGGAGGACCUUUAG